UGGAUCUACAGAUUACUCCUGCCUGAAAUCAGGGUUGCAAGUUGCAAGUAGGAAUGGAGCACAGUGGUUGCCCAACUCCCAGAGAAGUUCAAGUAUGAUUUGUCCUCCUAGUCACUAGAAAUAGCAACCAGACCUCUCCCUGGACACACUUACUACCUCAAGACCUUCCUUCCUCAAGGUGAAAACUAGCCCAUGUUGCAGUUCCCCAAAUGGAGUUGGUUACUGUGAAACGGAACAAAUCUGGGAGAUUUAGACAGAUGAUGUACGGGAAACGGGAAAACUAAAUGGAGGUCAUGCCCUUUGCUUUCUCUCCCUGCAGCCGAGGUCAUCUGUAAGCUGCUCCCCCUCCCCAACCCCCCUUCCCGCAUGAAUAUAUGAGCAAGAGCACAGACACACUAUACUAGUUACUGAACCUCUCUGUCACUCUCCCUGCUCUCACUUACAGUUCAAAACAGGUGCUAGGUAAGAACAAAAGUUUAUAAUGGAAUACAUUUUAACUUACUAGUGCUAGUCAAUAAAAUAGUCCUUUUUCUGAAUUCAGUCUCUCAAUUGAUUUCUCUAUCUCACCCUGCAGUGACUGUUAUUUGCAUCUGGGGAGACACAUGACUAUAUUUAUAUUACUUGUUCAAUAAAUUUCCCAGAGGAGGAGAACCAAGGCCUGUUACUUUGACAGUUUCCCAGAUCUCUGAGCACUGAUUUGGAAUUUAGAUGAUCCAGCCUGCAGGGCAUUCCAUUUCUGCCCUUCAUAAUGUAGGUUUCUAAUGACUCCUGAUUGUUAUAAUACAGUCCUACCUGAAACACUUGAAUGGAUUCCCAUGGCUCUUUGAAUAAAGAACAACCUGGAAAAAUGCCUACAGACUUUGCCUGCACUGUCCCUUCCCCGUGUACCUUGCCCCACCUUAUAACACUCUGGCAUGUGCUCUCUCUGCUGCAGCCCCAAUGGCUUCUUUUGAGUCCUCACAAUUUCUUCUGCGACAGGGUCUUUGCUCCUGAACCCAGUGUCUGAACCUUUCUGUCACUCUCCCUGCUCUCACGCCUUCUCAUCUGGUUAGCUGUCUCUCACCUGCACAUCCCAGGGAAGCUUCUCCACUGUGAUAUGCUCUAUAGCAAUUACUACAGGAGCUGACUUUUAAAAAUAAACCUCAGAUUAUGCAAACAACAAAAUAUAUCUCUUCUCUUCAAUAAAGAAUUGGUGAAAAUUGUGUAGCAGCUUCAUCUUUGAGGGAAUUUUUAGGAAAUUUUGCUUCAUUAUGGGACUAAAACAUAGUUAACUUUCUGCAAAAUCAAUUAUUAACUCAAAAUAGAAUAAACCUUCUCAUAUAUACAUUUAUCUUUCAUCAUCUUUUAUUUAUGCAUAUAAAUAUUUAUCUUCAUUAUUCUCUUUCAUCUAGCAACAUUUAUUGAGCACUUACCAGGUGUCAGACACUGGUGAUGUGAACAAGAGGGACAGGAGCCAGCCUCUUGAAGCUUACAUUUCAAUGGAGAAGACAGUCAAUAAACAAACUGAAAACUCCAUGAGGACUAUGACCUUGAUGCUGUUAUUCAACAUUUUACCACCAGAAGCAGUCCAUUGCUUAUCAUUAACCAUGACACAAGAAAAUAGCACUGAAGCGACUGAGUUCUUUCUUCUAGGAUUUGGUGCCCAACACAAGUUUCGGUAUGCUCUCUUCGUUGUAUUUCUGGUCAUCUAUGUGACCUCUAUGGUGGGUAAUAUCGGAAUGAUUCUGCUCAUCAAGACAGAUUCCAGACUUCGAACACCCAUGUACUUCUUCCUACAACAUUUGGCUUUCGUUGAUAUCUGCUAUACCUCUGCUAUCACUCCCAAGAUGCUGCAGAACUUCAUAGUAGGAAAUAUAUCAAUAUCAUUCAGGGGCUGUGUUAUGCAAUUACUGGUUUACGCAACAUUCGCGACCAGUGACUGUUACCUCCUGGCGGCUAUGGCAGUGGACCGUUAUGUGGCCAUCUGUAACCCACUUCACUAUCCCAUUGUCAUGUCCCGAAGAGUCUGCAUCCAUUUGGUAGCUGGCUCAUACGUCAUGGGCUCCCUAAAUGCCUCUGUGCACACAGGUUUUACAUUUUCAUUGUCCUUCUGCAAGUCCAAUGCCAUCAAUCACUUCUUUUGUGAUGUUCCACCAAUCCUCGCCCUUUCAUGCUCCAACACUGACAUCAACAUUAGGCUACUUGCUGUCUUUGUGGGAUUUAACUUGAUGUCCACUGUGCUGGUUGUCAUCUUUUCCUACAUCUCUAUCAUGGUUGCCAUCCUAAAGAUGUCUUCUACCACAGGGAGGAAAAAAGCCUUCUCCACGUGUGCCUCCCACCUGACAACAGUCACCAUUUUCUAUGGGACUCUAUCAUACAUGUACCUACAGCCUCAUUCUAGCAAUUUCCAGGAGAAUAUGAAAGUGGCUUCUAUAUGUUAUGGCAUUAUGAUUCCCAUGUUGAACCCCCUGAUCUAUAGUUUGAGGAAUAAGGAAGUAAAGGAAGCUCUAAAAGUGAUGGGGGAAAAGAUCCUCUAGAUUAGACCCCAAUUCAGCACAUCAAGGCAUCCAGUAAAGAUGUUUGACCACCAUGUAAUGUUUCUGAAAUUGGAAACACAUUCACAACUUAAAAAAAUGCUACCUCUUUCAAUAGAUAAGUUCUUAGAAUAUGGAAAAUAUCUAAACAUCUCAUGAGACUAAUUUUCCCUUAAGUAUAGUUUGAGAAACAUAUUUCAUACUACCCAUGAAGAAGGGCUUUAUUUAAAUUAUUUAAAAUAUUAAGAAGUGUGUAUGGACUUUGCAAAAUACUUAGUUGUUUCAAAUAUUUUGGCUAUGUUCUUAAAGACCAGAAAACUCCAAUGUUGUAUAUAAUUAAUUUUAAAACUCAAUUUCAUUAUUCCCCAUUCAUUUUAACAAGUUCUCUAACUUGUCUACAAAGAGGCUUCACAUAUGUUCUGUUCUAAUUGUUGCAUAAAUCCAAAUAUAAAAUAAACUGAUUUGAAAACA